CCAAUUUUUGGGGGGUGGAAGAGGGCGCAGACGGCCGGUGGGAGAAGGAAGCGAAGAGGUAGGGAGGGUUAUCGUCGACGAUGGGGAAGAACGAGUUCUUGACGCCGAAGGCGAUCGCGAACCGGAUCAAGGCGAAGGGGCUUCAGAAGCUGCGAUGGUAUUGCCAGAUGUGCCAGAAGCAGUGCCGCGACGAGAAUGGGUUCAAGUGCCACUGCCUCAGCGAGAGCCACCAGCGCCAGAUGCAGGUCUUUGGGCAGAACCCUACCCGCAUCGUCGAGGGCUAUUCCGAGGAAUUCGAGCGCACCUUCCUCGAUCUCGUCCGUCGCUCCCACCGCUUCUCCCGCGUCGCCGCCACCGUCGUCUACAACGAGUACAUCGCCGACCGCCACCACGUCCACAUGAACUCCACCCGAUGGGCCACCCUCACCGAGUUCGUCAAGCACCUCGGCCGCGCCGGCUUCUGCAAGGUCGAGGACACCCCUAAGGGCUGGUUCAUCACCUACAUCGACCGCGACUCGGAGACCGUCUUUAAGAACCGCCUCAAGGCCAAGCGCCUCCGCGCCGACCUUGUUGACGAGGAGCGCCAGGAGCGCACCAUCGCCCUCCAGAUCGAGCGCGCUACCUCCCUCCUCUCUUCCUCCUCCUCCGAUCCCCUUCCCUCCGAUACCCCUGAAGCCGCUGCAGAUCCUAACCCUAGUGCCCCUAUUAAAUCCGAGCCUGGUGGCAAAAUCGCAUUUUCGCUUCAGCCUGCGACGACGUCCUCCUCAAAAUCGAAUGUUGCCGGCGAAUCCACCUCCAAGAUCCCAAAAUUAGGAUUUGACGAGGGAGAACAGGAGCGUUCCGAGAGGAAAGACAAAAAGAACGACAAAUCUGCUCCUUCUGGUGGAGGUGGUGGGUUGUCGGCACUUGACGAGCUCAUAAGAGAAGAGGAAAAGGCAAAAGAGAGGAGCAACAGGAAGGACUACUGGCUCUGUGAAGGGAUUGUGGUGAAAGUGAUGAGCAAGACCCUAGCGGAUAAGGGUUAUUAUAAGCAGAAGGGGUCCGUGAAACGAGUCAUCGAUAAGUAUGUGGGGGAGAUCGAGAUGUUGGAGAGCAAGCAUGUGCUCAGAGUUGAUCAGGAGGAGCUGGAGACAGUGAUACCUCAGAUUGGAGGGCUUGUAAGGAUUGUGAAUGGGGCUUAUCGAGGAUCAAAUGCAAGGCUCUUAUCAGUGGAUACAGAGAGAUAUUGUGCAAAGGUUCAGAUUGAGAAAGGGGUGUAUGAUGGGAGGAUACUUCAAGCUGUCGAAUACGAGGAUAUAUGCAAGAUUAUGCAAUGAAGGGCUCAACUUUCUUGUACUGUUUGGAGGAAAGGCAACAAUGCCUAUAUUCCUAGACAACACCUUACAAUGCUCCUGCAAUCUGAACCCGGAAAAUCUAGUGGAUCAUUGCGGUGAAAAUGUCAGUCUUUGUUGUCCAAGGAUUUAGGAAUGCAGAUUGUAUACUGUGCUGUUUUCUUCUGGGAGUACCUGGGUAUUCUACUUUUGUGUGGCUACUGUCUUCACUACUAAUUAUGUAGAAUGUAAUCAGGAUCUACUACCGACUUUCCAGUCCAUCAGCUGCAAAUGAAGAUUGGUUUUAGAAUUUA